AUGUCAAACUGGAUCGAAGUUGCAAUUGAAAAAAAAGAUAUUAAGUCAUUCAAGUAUGAUUCUUUUAAGAAUUGGGAAGUAAUUGGUAGAGGAGGGUUUGGCACUGUAUACAGUGCAUAUUCAGAAGAUGAUAAAAAAAUUGUAGCUUUAAAAGGCCUUAAUUACGAUUCCACUAAUAAUAGUACAAGAUCUACUUUUGGUGGGACAUGUGCUUUUUCUGAUCCAAAGUAUCUCGAAAAUCCAUUCUUGUUUAAACGGGAUAAACCUUCUGAUAUUUAUAGUCUUGGUGUGCUUUUCUGGGAAUUAUCAAGUGGUGUUCCUCCCUUUAAAGAUAUAGCUGACACAAUACAAAUAUCAUUUAUUGUAAUUUCUGGAGAUAGAGAAGAUCCAGUUAACGAAACUCCAAUUGAUUUUUUGAAUAUUUAUACUAAUGCUUGGAAUGGUGAUCCGAAUUUACGUCCUAGCAUAACUAAAAUUAUUGAUAAUUUAGAUAAUAUCAAAAUGGAUCUAAUUCUGAGUGAACAAGGACAAGAUUUUAUUCCAAAUAAACAAGAUAUAGGUCUGAAUGAACCAUGUACUAUUUCAAGUGAAGAAGUAAUCAUCGAUGUCUUUGAUAUUAGGCCAGAACAUGAAGGCUUUAAAACCAAUACUGCAUUAGCGUAUAAUGAAAACUUGCAAGUUGUAGCCUGGGGCCGCCCAGCCUUGUCAAAAGAACCAACGAGAAAAAAAGCACCGAAGUUUAAAUCAGUAGAAUUAUUCAUGCUACACCUUGCCAAUUUAGAGGAGAACAAUAUGCCAUCCCUUCUUCCAGGCCUAGAUAUAAAAACGGUCAUUACUGAUUAUUUAUGUGAGAUGAAUAAACUCAUUAAACAAACAUUAUCUAGUCGAUGGCCAAAUAUGCAGUAUCCUCAACAAGUUCGCUUUGUACUACCUGUGCCUGACGAAUGGGAUAACGAAGCGAAAACAAUUAUGAGAGGGUGUAUGCAUAAAGCUGGCUAUUUGGAUAAUAGGGAUUCGGAAAAUAUAGUGUUUAUAACCGAAUCCGAGGCUGCCACAAAUUACUGCAUGAAAUCUUUAAAUGAACCUAAUUUACUAGCAUCAUUCUUGAUCGUUGAUUGCGAAGGAGAAAUUGUAACUGUUAUAACCAGAACUUUACUACCUGGCAUGAGAGUUGGUGAAGUUACCGAACGUAAUAGUGAUCGAUGUGGUAGUUUUCAUGUUGAUCAUGAAUUUCUUAUGUUCCUUGGUCAACAAUUAGGACUCGACGCAAUGAAAAAGCUAAAAGAAAAUCACUAUACACAAAUGCAGUAUUUGAUUCAAGAGUUUUUUUGUUCAAAAGUAAAAUUUUCGUUCAAUGGAAAUCCUAAAGAAUAUACUACCAAGGAAUUGGAUAUUGAAUUUUAUUGUCCUGCAGUGGUGCAGUAUGUUACCGGUCAGAAUAAAGAACAAAUGGAAAAAUGUGAAUGGGAGAUCGAACUAGACUUUCAAACUGUGAAAGAUAUGUUUGAUCCCGUUAUUAAAAAGAUUAUUGAUUUGAUUCAAAGGCAAUUGACAUUGACCAGACGUAAAUGUGCAGCAAUGUUUUUAAUAGGCGAAUUUAACGAAAAUCGUUACUUGCAAACUCAAAUUCAACAACAUUUUACGGCACAAAUCCCAACUAUUAUUGUUGCUAAUCAGCCCAUAGCAGCCAUCGAACGAAGUGCUUUAGAAUAUGGUCUAAAUAUGGAUGUUGUCCCAACUCGAGUUUUAAAAUACUGCUACGGCAUAGAAGUAAGUGGAAAAUGGGAAAUGGGUGAUCCACCAGAACGUCGCACACCCUCCGGCUGUAUAUCCCAAUUCUAUCGGUUGGCAUUAAAAGGUAUUGAAGUUGGUGUCGAUCAAAAAUUCUAUUAUACAUUUGAAGUAGGUAUGAAUCAAACUGAGAAGAUUAUUAAUGUAUUCAUUACACCGGAUAACAAUGCGGAAUAUUGCGACGAGGAUGGAAUGGAGAUGCUAGGAACAAUAAAAAUUGAUCUAUCAGAUUCACGAAGACAAAGAAAAUUGAUGGAAUUAAUUCUGACAUUUGGUGUUGCAGAAGUUAUAGCUACAGUAGUUAAUAAAAGGACAGGGCAGUUGUAUUAUAAGUGCACUUUCCGUUUGGCAGUUUAA